AACAGUCAUAAUACAAACGAAAGCAUGGAGAAAAUCUUCUUGGUUUCGCUUCUUGUCUUGUUAGUAUCAGCAUCAGCUCAUGGAAUUGCAGAAAACAUAUACGAUGACAUUGCCAUGCUUGGAGAACUUGAAGACUUGAAGUUAGAAGAAGAAAAUGAGAUACAAGAGAAAGUUUUUGAGAUCCCUGGAUGGACAAGUGAACGUGGUGGCAAGACCCUUUUUAAUGUGGAUAGCUUUGGUGCAAUUGGAGAUGGAAUUGCUGAUGAUACCCAGGCUUUCGUUAGUGCGUGGGAUAAAGCAUGCUUGACAACAAAAUCAGUUUUCUUGGUGCCGGCCGGAGGGCGUUAUCUGGUUAACGCCACUAGAUUCAGAGGGCCCUGUGCCGAUAGGUUAAUCAUCCAGAUAGAUGGAACAAUCGUUGCACCAGGCGAGCCCAAUAACUGGGACCCAAAUAACCCAAGAACUUGGCUCCAGUUCUCUAAACUCAACGCUGUAAUUUUCCAAGGUAGUGGGGUUAUUGAUGGUUCAGGCAGCAAAUGGUGGGACGCAUCUUGCAAAAGAAACAAAUCAAAUCCUUGCAGAGGGGCACCAACAGCAUUAACAAUAGACUCGAGCUCGGCGGUGAGGGUGAAAGACCUUACCAUCCAGAAUAGUCAACAGAUGCAUUUCGUCAUAUCUCACUCCGAUUCCGUUCGGGUGUCUAACGUCCUAGUUUCAGCUCCGGGGACCAGUCCCAACACCGACGGAAUCCAUAUUACUGGGUCUACUAACGUUGUGCUCCAGGAUUGCAAAAUUGGAACAGGUGACGAUUGCAUCUCCAUCGUCAAUGCUAGCUCAGCUAUUAGGAUGAAGAAAAUCUACUGCGGACCAGGCCAUGGAAUAAGCAUAGGGAGUCUUGGCAAGGACAACUCAAUAGGCAUAGUGACGAAGGUGGUUCUGGAUACUGCACUCCUCAGACAGACUACCAACGGCCUCAGGAUCAAGACUUGGCAGGGAGGUUCUGGAUACGUUCGUUCCGUGCGGUUUGAAAAUGUGAGGAUGGACGAAGUUGAAAACCCCAUCAUCAUCGACCAAUUCUACUGCGACUCUCCAAAAGCUUGUAAGAAUCAGACAUCGGCUGUUGAAAUAAGCCAAAUUAUGUACCGGAACAUCAGCGGAACCACUACGAGUCAAAAAGCCAUGAAAUUUGCCUGCAGCGACACAGUUCCCUGCAAUCGCAUAGUCCUGAGCAACAUCAACCUAGAGAGGAAGGACGGGACAGUUGAGACCUACUGCAACUCUGCAACAGGCUUUGGCAUUGGCAAUGUGCAACCAUCGGCGGAUUGCCUGAACUCCUCUAACAAGGAUACCCACUCUGACCAUGACCAGACAAAGGAUGCCCAUCUCAUAAAAUUCAGCAGAGAGGAGAUUAUUCAUACCGAGCUCUGACUUGAGAACUCCAUAGGCACUUCGCACUUCUCAAUAGGUUUGCAAGUUGCAACACCAGAUUUGUAGUCCAUUGAUUUGGGUGGACUCGUGGCAGUAGUCUACUGGAGAUCUGAGGUCCCCCAACCCAGGUAUUUAUAAAAUUAAUAUUACAGAUUUACAGCUAACGAGAAAUAAUGAAUAUGUAUAUAGAAUACUAAACAUAUCUAAUGCUGUACUUAAGAAACCAAAACAGCAAUUAUCUAGAGAUUGCCAGAUUGGUUCUAUUUCAUUGCAACAGCCAGAUACAUGCGGUUUAUGUCUUUGAUAUCACAAAAAUUACUAGGAUUUAGUUAUUCAUUAAGCAUCAAUCAAGAAGCUUCAGCUCCAUUAGUGAAGUGUGGUUUUAUUAAUAUCUAUGGAGGUGGAGAUGGUAUCACUGCUCCAAAUGGUCUUUAAUUAAAUUAAAAAGCAAAAAAAAAAACACCAAAUUAAAUGACAAACCGCACUAACCAUAAGAAUCCUGAAUCCAUACCAGUCUUGACCCUUGACUCUCGACUGUGCGGACCUAUCCCUCUCCGCUUACUCUCUGCUGCAUAUUCUUGUCCUUUUAUACAUAAAUCGUUCAAAAGAGAAUAUUGGAAUCCCGGAACCAUCUUUUUAAUCAGCAACACUAAUCAGCAAUAACAUCAUAGAGAAGUUAAAUCCCAACAUUUCCAAGUUAUACGGAAUGUAGGGGACUCGAAACAACACUUAGCUGACAGGAACUCAAAUCAUGCUGGAUCACAAUCUUACACAUUAGCCCCCAGGCCUGGAUUGCAACCAUCUUAAUCAUUGCUCUACUUUUCUAUUUGAAUCUGCAGC